GUUAAUGUUUUAGAGUUUUACAUUUUACAUUUUUACAAUAAUGCCUCACAAGAAAGUGGGGCUAACUGAUGAGUGUGUGGAGCUCAGCCUGCCACACUCUCUAUAGUCUAUCCACAAUACCCCCCACGUAUUUUCGCCACCAUAUCCAAAAAAACACUCGCAAUUGUAAAGCAAAAUACAAAUGUCAUCGACGGCGGUUGUUGCCGCCGGCACAUCCAUCUCCGCCGCAUACUCCAGGGGCACAUCAGUCAGAAAACCCUCUUCUUCAUGCGUUCCCCAAUCCCAGAAAACUAGUUUUCAAGGGCUGUCACUUCAAGAAUCCAAAAAGGGCAUCUCCAAUUUGUUCUCUGUUGAUGAUAAUGGCGGUUUGAUCAUACCCAGAACAAGCAGAAGGAGAAGAAAUAGAGGGCUCGAGAUCAAUGCGAGAGCGGCUGCCGCCAAGAACAUUGAGGUUGAAGUUGAUAAGCCUUUGGGGCUCACUCUUGGUCAAAAAUCCGGCGGUGGGGUUGUCAUUACCGGUGUAGAGAGUGGUGGGAAUGCAGCCAAAGCAGGGCUCAAGGCUGGUGACCAGGUGCUAUACACCAGCAGUUUUUUCGGGGACGAACUUUGGCCCGCUGACAAGCUUGGGUUUACUAAGACAGCAAUCCAGGCCAAGCCUGAUUCGGUCUACUUCAUCGUUAGCAGGGGAGCUGAAGUAGAUGUUAAAAAGCUAACAAAGCGGCCUGCCCCUCCUCGCUUCGGGAGGAAGCUAAGCGAGGCUCAAAAGGCUCGAGCAACACACAUAUGCCUGGAUUGUGGUUACAUAUACACGUUGCAAAAGCCUUUCGAAGAGCUGCCGGAGGAGUACACAUGUCCGCAGUGUAGGGCGCCUAAGAAGAGGUUUGCAAGGUAUGAUGUGAACACCGGAAAACCCAUCGGCGGGGGGUUGCCGCCACUCGGAGUUAUUAUUGGGCUUUUGGCUGGGAUAGGUGGAAUUGGGGCCUUACUCCUUUAUGGACUUCAAUGAAAUUGAUGAAGAUUCAGUGAACAAUCCAAGCCAGCCAGUGUGCGUGCGUGUGUGUGUGUGUCAUGCAAAGUAAAAUUAGUUACUGGACUUUGUUGUUUGAGUUAUGAAAUGUAUAAAUAAAGUAAAAUUAGUUUGACUUCUGAAUAGUAACUAGGAAGAUUAAUAUGAGAGGAAGGAAUUAUUUUUACUGGAAAUAAAAUUGCAAACUCAUU